AUGCGCAUGCGCGUAUGGAACCCAAUGCAUAAAGCGGAAGCGACAUAUACGGAUUAGCAGUUAUCCAUAUUCAAUUACACAUAGCUUCGCUUCUUCUUUGCCCGUUUCCACACGACUAUUUGCCAUAUUAGAGUUGUAUAAUCUAAUAAUUUUGCUCAGUAUUGCAGCAGUAUAAUAAAUUAAGAAGCGCUAAACCGCAUUGUUUGAAGCGAAGAUUGAAAAACAGUUUUUCUCUGUUCGCUUAAACGUUGUAAGCCGAUAUACUUAUAAUGCCUCAUUACAAAGUUACGUAUUUCGAUGUGCGUGGCCGGGGAGAGUUUGUGCGCAUGAUUCUGGGCGCGGCUGGACAAAAAUUUGAAGACAACCGGAUUGCAUUUGGUGACUGGCCGCAAGUUAAACCUAACACACCUUGGGGAACAUGCCCAGUUUUAGAGGUUGAUGGAAAGCAACUGGCACAAACAACAUCCGUGAUCAGAUUUGUGGGGCACCGCUAUGGGCUGGUUCCAAGUGGUGACUGGGAGGAAGGUCUAGUGGACUCUGUAGUCGAAGUGUCCAUGGAUAUCUUCAACGGAAUGGAAAAAAUCGCUUAUCAUAUGUCGGACGAGGAAAAGCCUGCUGGCACUAAACAGUACAUGGAGGUCCAGUUGGUAAAUAUCCUGAAGAAUCUGGAAAAAUUCAUUGCGCAGCAUGGCAGCCACGGCCACUGCGUCGGCAGCAAGCUGACCACGGCGGAUGUUUGUCUAUUUUGCGCUUUUGACUUGCUGAAGGAGUACAAAUUCAUCACCAACCCAUCCUUUUUUGAUCCGUAUCCAAAAGUCAAAGGUGUUUUGGAUAAAGCUCUCCACAACGAAAAGGUAGCAGCUUACCUGAAGAUUCGAAAAUGAGCUGGUGGAAUGAUGGGGCGAAAAUCGAACUAUAAAUCUGCACGCGGGCGAAAUUUCAAAUUAAUAACAUCUGGAUGAUACAAAUGCCGAAGUGCAUCAUAAAUUCUGUCAAUUAUCUUUAACGUGCAAUACUUACACAACAGAUUCAUGACAUAUUAUUUGUUCUUUGAAGCAUUUCUAUUGGGCUGUACUUUCUUUUGACUGCUGCGGUUUUUGUCAUUUCCCUGAUUUUCUGUUCUUUUAAUUAGAGAGCAUUACGUAUACCUGAGUAUGUUUGGGACUUAUUUUGCUGUUAUAUAUCAUUGGGUACCCUUAUAGGCACCCCUUAAAACCCCCGUAUAUU